UGCAUUCCACAUACGGUAUGCGUUCAUGCAGUGCAGAGGUAAAUGUCAGACGAGUGGAGGGACUCAUCUACAUCGGUCUACGAAACCCUAUCGUAUUUCUGAUAUUGUCUCUAUUCUGUUGGACCAUUCAGUCACUUGCAGGGAAGACAAGAUAAAGAGGAGGACAAAAUGGGUACGUUUAUUGGACAUGCAUUACCGGGAGCAUUUUUCAUCAUCGUUUCCAUCUGGUGGAUAAUCCAGUUCGUGUACACGAAGAUUGUCCUAGACAACGGCCGUCAGCGCCCGCGGUCUCGGCUGAUGUACUGCCUACACCGAGUUCCCAUUGAAGGGUCUUUAAUCGUGUUUGGAGGCGUUGUUGGCUUCAUUGGUGAGAUGAUGUAUCCGGCUCCAAAAUGGACGCUCAUCGACAGUGAGGGUCAUUGGAAGCACCAAGUAGAAUGGCAACACGUAACCAUGUACACAUACUUCGCACUUUAUGGUGGGAUUAUGGUGAUGGGGAGAAGCUGUGUGCCGUCCGUAGCUGGGAAAUACGAGAAAGCAUUUGGUGCUCUUGCGUUUGCAGUCGAGGGUUUCCUCUUUCAUUUCCAUACCCAUGGCAGGAGCGAUCUUGAUGUUCAGCUACAUACGAUGCUGGUGGUGGCCAUCUUUAUUUGCUUUUUGUCAACGUCAGCAGAGGUGUGGCGGCCGAAGGACACGUUGGUGGAGCUUAUCCGGAUCCUAUUCACGCUGGUGCAAGGCACUUGGUUCUGGCAUGUCGGCAUCGUCCUCUAUAUACCACCCGGUGGUGAGCCUUGGGAUCCAGAAGAUCACCUCAACGUCAUGUUUACCACCGUCAUGUUCACGUGGCACAUUCUUGUCGACAUGCUUGUACUCUUCUUUUUCUACGGCAUCACAAAGCUGGCAUUGAAAAUGUGUGGCUUUUCGUCGGUCCGGUAUUCCCAGAUGAGCAAUGGUCCCGAGGAACAUGAAGUUAAACUCUUGGGAAACAACACAGAAGCAGGAAAUCAUCUACUUGGAGGAAGUGAAUCGGACUAAUAACACAUCUCUAGGAAGUUGGAGUUUCAAGUAGCAAUUUAUUUCUGUAUACUGUAUUUAGGUCAGAUCUCUUACAUGUAAAUUAUGUAAGUGCUCAGUACUUUCAGCUGUGUCGUGCUUAUAGAUUAAAUAAUAGCCAUCGUGAGGGCUGGAAGGACAUUGAUGUGUAUUCUUAUGCCCUUCUGGCUCAGAUGUCCAGUACUUUUGAUCUAAUUCAUGUGCAAAUGUUUAUUUCAGAAUUGUAAUGAUUAGUAAAGUACUGAGCUUCAAAGCUCUGCAAUAUUAUGAUUUUAAUGUGGAGGUAGUGAUAGAGCUAUAUGAUUUUAUUCUAAAUUCCAGAGAUGAAACUUCAAUAUGUAUAAUUUUAGUUUGCUGAAUGACAAAAAUUAAGGCUGCAUUUGACUGCAUUGGCCAAGAGGAUAAUUGGUGAGGUCAUUGUAAUUUGUAACAUGUAAAAAUAUUUCACUACAGGUAUCCAUGCAUUAUUAAAAGCUUUUUUUUUAGGCAGAUGACCACAAAUGACUUAUGGAAAUGAGGUAUUAGAAAAAGAAUCAAUAAAUUUUUGUUUCAUCACUUCUUCACGCUCAGAAUGAGCAAUUUAUCAAGUUGACAUUAUAAGUGUUCAAUGUGUGGUGUGAAGUUUUGAACAUUUACGAUAAUAUUAUUGUUUACUACAUUACAUACAUGUACAAGCCUUAUGGAAUUAACAUGACCAUAGUUGCAUAUAAAUAGCACCCC